UUCAAAAGUUUUUCUAUUUCCAUAUGAAGCAAGAUAUGUAACAAUUAUAUGGGAAACGGGGUAUAUAAUUAGUUUGUUGCAGUGAUUUUUUGUAACUUGCGAAAGAACAAAUCAUAUCGUUUCGCUGAUAUGGAACAAUUACGUUUACAAAAAUGUAGUAAUUAAUAUAAAAAGAACCCCCAACUUAUAAAGAUUGAGACGAAUGAGUGGCUAAUUGUGUAGACUUCAAAAAAUUAGCAAUUUAAGGAAAUGCUUCUUGCUUAUGUAUAUGGACUCAUCACCUCACCAUUAAUGCUGUAAUUUGGAAAGUGAUUAGCUAUUUGAUUGCAGAUUUGGUUCUACUUCCCACUAUAGUAAUGCAUCAUUAAGGAGUUUAAAUGUAAAUAAUCUCUCGAAGGCAUUGUAAUUAAUUAAGAAAUUCGGAUAUUAACUUCUAUAUUUCACUUGAUUUUCAUCCGUUGUGAUGCUGGACUAGCUGUACAUGUUUCUGUCUCACCUCCUUAAAGUCUUUCUCCUUUCAGAGAUCCUAGUAUUUGUAAUUAAAUUCUGUGUGAUCAAUCAUGAUCUGAAUCUUUUUUUAUCCUGAUUUAGAGAUUUGCUUCUUGUAAUUUAUAAUCAAAUAGUCAGUUCUUUUUCUUUAUGAUAGAAUCCAAAAUAGUGAUAAGUAGGAAAGAUCACUUUCUCAAGUGAUCAUAUGGUAUAGAGUAGUAAUACCAUUUAUGAAAAUGCAAAGGUGGAAAAAGGGACAGUGCAACAAGGACCAAUCUGAAGGACCACCUUCCUGCACAAGGGCAUUUAUCAAGAGAAAGUUCCAUCAGGUUUCAAAUAAACAUGAAGGGGCUGUUGCUAAGGACAAGGGCAGCGAAAAUUCAUCCAAGUGCAACAGUAAACCAACGAAGUUGCCAAAAAAACGUAUACUAGAACUUAUUCUCGACAUGCUGCAAAGGAGGGACACCCAUGAAAUAUUUGCAGAACCAGUUGAUCCCACUGAGGUGGAAGAUUACUAUGAAAUCAUUAAAAACCCUAUGGAUUUUGGUACAAUGAGGGCUAAGCUUCAUGAAGGAAUGUAUCAGAAUCUCCAACAGUUUGAGCAUGAUGCAUUUCUGAUUCCAAAAAAUGCGAUGCAUUUCAACGCCUCUGGUACUGUCUAUUUCAGACAGGCUCGUGCUAUAUACGAACUAGCUAAGAAAGUAUUUCAUGUCCUAAAAACUAAUCCCGGAAACUUUGAAGUGGAAUUUCCGGUAACCAGACGAAGAUCGAUGAGGAGAUUGCAAAAUGAGGCCUGGGAUACAAGACACUCUCAAGGUGUCCGAUCAGAUGGUGCCAUUGAUGUUUCUUCCAAGAAUAUUGGACUUGAUUCAAGUGUUCCAUCAACACAUAGGAGAAGCAGCAAAGAAAGACCACCAUUAUUCACCAAAGGUCCGGUUGACAGUGCAAUCUUAUUUGGUAGUAGACAUGGUCAAACGUUGUCUUCCCUUGAUGCUGGUCGUCGUUCUACAUAUGAAUUUUGCAGGCCUUCGCCUUUCCGUGAGACUAGCUCAUUUAUGUGUAACAAGAAUCUCCAGUCACUAAUUCUCAACAGGAACGCUAGUUACAGAGAGAGCUUGAUGUCAUUUGCCAAAGAUUUAGGACCAACAGUGCAAAUGGUUGCCAACCGGAAAAUGCAAGGGAACCGUUCAUUCAUUCUCUCUCUCACAUCUGAAAGUCCUCUAAUGUGCUUAGGAUUCGCUGCUUUUGCUACUGUACAAAGUCAAUCUAAUACUGAAGUUCUAACCUCAUCUCAGAAACUGUCUAGUCCUGUUCGAGGAUUUGGUUCAUUGCUCAUAAGCACCGGUGAUGAGAUCGAUGUGACUCAUACUGCUAAGGAAGAUGAGACAUGCAAAAUAGCUGGUAUGAGCAGUCAGAAAGGCCCCCUUCCUCAUCCAGAAAAUUCAGAGAAGAAAAGUACAUCAAUAUUGUGCUACAAAAGGAAUGUUCAUAAAGUAACAGAAGAAGGGGGCAAGAAAACUCAAAACAGAAGUGAGGGCAGGGAGAAUAACUUGGCCUCUCAUAUCUCUACUAAUGGGACAUCUGGAGAUACAAAGAAACUCUGCAGAAGAAGUGCUAAGGUGGAAGAAAACAAAGUCCUGCCAGUGGUACUAGCUCUAGAGCAAUCUCAUUCAAGUCUAUCCGAAUUGAAGUGGAGAAACAAGAAGAGUUCCUAUUUGACAUCACGUAUCACACGAUCACAAAGCAAGAUCACGGAGUUCAACGUCACUGGGAAAAUUCCAGAUCAAACCGAAAAUAAUAACUCUGGAUCAAAGCACGAAAACAAAGCAGUUAUUUGUGAUCAAAACAAGAACAUUGGAAGCAGUAGCAAUCAAAGUUUUCUUGAGCCAAAGAGCAAAUAUUCUGAGUUGAAAUUGAACAAGGCAAUUCCUGUAGUGCCAUUUCAAGCAAGAGCUAGCUCCAGAUUUAUUUUUGAUAUGCCAUUCUUGCAAGCUCAGCUAAAUCAAAUGAAUCCAGCAGGGAAAAAUGACAUACCACUGGUAUCAAGAGAUAAUAUGGAGAGGUCCUUGUAUAGUCAGGAAGUUAUAAUAAGAUGGACAGGGAAGUAAAUCCAUCAGUGUCGUCUGUACAAGACAAACCAAACAGUACUCGCCAGACCAUGCCGUCUUUCAUUUACAAUAGUCAUUCAUCAUAUCAUUCAUUAGACACUGACUUGGCCCUUCAGCUCUGAGUUAGCAUGAACAAAUGCUGUUAAUUUCGCUGAAGUACAUUGGUUGCUGGAUGAUCUUCUAUCAUGUACAAUUUAUAGUACAUUGAAUUAAAAAUAUCCUCUGAGCCAGUUGAUUGAGUUAAUCCUUGUAAUAACUUAAAAUCAUUGCAUCAGUUAUAAGCAAGCAAAGCCUCUCUUUUUUCCUGUU